GAUUUAAAGGAGAUUAACUUCAUUAAUAUUGUCGUAGUCUUCACGUGUUAUAAAACUGGUGCUAUAUAAUUGAAAUUUUUAUUGAUUGUUCGUUUUUCGCAUCUAAAUUAAAUUCGGCAGUCAUGAUUUUGCUUUUCACUGUCCCGAGUUACCGUGGUAGUCAUGGUAACGUGCAAAGCCGGCGUCUGAAGGGCGCAGAUGCGACGAUGCUGCACCCGGAAAUUUAGGGUUACUGCCAGCAAAUAAAAUGCAGUUCUAUUCUAAACAACAUUGGCGUUGGCAGUUACCAAGAAUUACACGCUCGUUCGAUUGACUCAAGCUUUUUUAUCAGUGCCAAAAUUAAUAACUUAGGUCAAUGAUAGAAAAGUCUAAACUUUUUUUACUUCCAAAGUCAAUUUUUUUUUGGAUCUUUUUGCUUACGUUUAUAUCGUUGGUGUUUGGUUACUAUUCUAUAUUAAGUUUGAACGAAAAUAUUGUACAGCUUGAACAAAAUAAGUUAGUAAAAUUAAAAAAUGAAGGUUACGUAAUCAAAACUUCAGGAUGCCGAAUACCUGAAAUGUUUGUGACAGGUCCAUUAGUAGAUCGAUUUUUGAAAACGGAUGAUAAUAUCGAUGUAAAAUGUGAUUUUAAAUCACAAGAAUUAAGUGGUUUUCAGUUGAUUACUUCAAAUCUAACUACAAUAUCGUUAAAUUACACUCUAUUAAAGACGUUAAAUAUCACCAAAAGUGAUCCAACAUUCAAUUGUUACUAUUCUUCAAUAAGCAGAUUUCCGCUUACAAAUGAUGACAGUGAUAAAAAUUUUGACAAUAAAGUAAAAAUUGGUCCAAAAAUAAAAUUGGUUGAUAGUAUCAUUAUACAAGAUGAAUUUGUAAAAACAUGGUGCACUCGUAACUCAGUUACAGUGUAUACCGAUUAUCAUGGAUUUUUCACACCGAAGUCAUCUCAAAAUAAUUAUGUGAUUACUAAAACAACUAAGUAUAAAAAGUCAAUCAGUGUACUCAUUUUGGGUCUCGAUGCAGUUUCCAGAUUGAAUUUUCACCGCCAAAUGCCAAAAACUGCCACUUUUUUAUCUGAAUUAGACACCGUAGAAAUGUUGGGGUAUAACAAAGUUGAAGAUAACACAUUUCUGAAUUUAGUACCUGUACUUAGUGGUUUUUCAGUUGAAGAACUAACAAAAAAAUGCCAUUUAAACCAAACUGAUUUCUUUGACAAAUGUAAUUUUAUUUGGAACGAAUUCAGUCGUGCAGGCUUUGAAACAGCGUUUGGAGAGGAUUCACCAUUUAUUGGAGCAUUUAAUUAUCUUAAAUAUGGUUUUCGUCGACAACCUACUGAUAGAUAUAUUCGACCCCUAAUGAUAGCUUCUGAAAAAGAUAUUGGACACAAUUUUCCUUUAAAUACAUUUUUAUGUACUGGGUCACGUUUGAGCAUAGCGUUUUUAUUAGACUACGUGCGUAAGUAUGUACAAUCGACUGCAGACAAGCUCUCCAUGGGCUUUUUUUGGUCUACCAGUCUGACGCAUGACUACUUGAAUUUGCCAAAAUAUGGUGAUCAACUGCUAAAAAAUUUUUUCGAUUCGAUGAACCAAUCGGGUUACUUGAAUCGAAUGGUAGUCAUAUUGAUGAGCGACCAUGGUCUAAGAUGGGGAUCAUUCCGGGAAACUUACCAGGGCUACUUAGAGGAUAGAUUACCCAUGUUAAAUUUCAUUAUACCAAAAUGGUUCCGUGAAGAAUACCCAAAAGCCAUGGAAAACCUUCAACAUAACACCAUUAAAUUAACCACGCCGUAUGAUUUACACAAAACUCUCCUAGAGUUUAUCAAUUUAGAUGGACUUAAAGACGAAUCGGUGGAAGAACGCCAAAAUUCUGAUAUAAUGAGCAGUAGUCUAUUCUUAAAAGUUUCUGAUAACAGGACUUGCGAAUCGUCCGGUAUACCGAAACACUAUUGUGCAUGUCACAACAAGGUAACUUCUCUUCGGGUAAAGGAUUCAAUCGUACUUAAAGCUGUAGACACUAUUCUGAGUUAUAUUAAUACCAAAUUAAGUGAUUAUCCAUUGUGCGCAAAACUAAAAGUGCUCGAGGUGUUAUCAGCUUCUGAGGAAUCGGGAAAUAAUGAUAAGCUUAAAGAUUAUGUUAUUCAAAUUACUACUACUCCAGGAAAAGCAAUAUUUGAGGCUACUAUUAGACAUACAGAAAAUAAAUUCCAAAUGGUUGGUUCAAUAAGUAGGCUUAAUUUAUAUGGUGACCAAAGUACAUGCGUCAAUGAUGCUGCAUUAAAACUUUUGUGUUAUUGUUUAAGAUGAGCGAGUUAUCACUUAAAUGUGAGAUUUUUAAGUAUCAUAAAAUGAUUAAGAUUCAACUUAUGGAAACAAAUGAUGAUACAAACUUCUAUUUAACAAUAAAAUUUGAUGAUUAAUAAAAUUGCACAAAAAAUAAUACGUUUUGUUUGUUAGGGCA